UAUAAGGUAGCACUGUGUUUGAAUAAGAUGGCAGUGGCUGGGACAAACCUCAGCUUUGAGACAGACUUCAAAGAUCAUCUAGACACAAGGGGACUUACAUUUGAUGACUUAAGAGCUCAUCAGUGUACUAAUAUUGUCCUACUCAAACUGAGUGAAGAUUUAGAUAACUGGGACACUGCUGGGUUGUACUUGGAAAUUACACUUCCUGAAGUCAAGGCCAUCAAAGUUAAUAAUAGCUCUGAAGAAAGUAGAAGAGUGGCACUUUUAAAUAAGUGGAAACAAAAGAAUGGAGAUGAUGCCACAUAUUACAAUCUUAUAUCUGGUUUACAUGAUGCUAACAGAAUUGAUAUUGCUGACCAAGCACUAGACUAUUUGAAAGAAAGUAUAAUUGAGAUAAGAAGGCAGCAGGAAAUAGCACGGCGAAAAGAGGAAGAACGACAAAAGGAAGAAAGGAGGCAGCAGGAAAUAGCACGGCAGAAAGAGGAAGAACGACAAAAGGAAGAAAGGAGGCAGCAGGAAAUAGCAUGGCGGAAAGAGGAAGAACGACAAAAGGAAGAAAGGAGGCAGCAGGAAAUAGCACAGCAAGAAGAAGAGCGACUAAAAGAAAAGCGGCAGCAGGAAAUAGCACGGCAAGAAAAGGAAGAACAACUAAAAGAAAAGCAGCAGCAGGAAAUAGAAUUAGAAUAUAAAAUGAAAGAAAAUUUUCUGACCAGGAUAAAAAGUAAGGUGUUAUCAAAAGGCCUUGAUGUUCCUGAUCUUCAAGUGAAUCUGAGACAAGAAGACAUUGAGUCAGUAGCAGAGCUCAUUGGGAAGGAUUGGUAUACAUUUGGUAAAUGUAUGAAAGUUGAGGAGAGCACACUGGAUCAUAUUAAAGAAGUGGGGAGAAACAAACCAGGAAGGAAGAAGAAGCUUUUGGAACAUUUGAUUAUUAAAAAAGUUCGCUUUGAAGAUAUAAUAUAUGGGCUAUACAAUUCAGCUGAUGAGCACAAUCCAGCUAUUAAUGGUGUUCUAGAAUAUAUAUUCAGAAUUAGGAUUAAAAAAGAUGGUCAGAAUCCAAGAGCAGAUGAGAAGCAUGAUAAAAAUUCAAAACUUGAUGAAAAAGAAGAGCAAAAUCAGAGUUUAAAAUCACAUCCAAAGCUACGCCCCCAAUAUCAGGAUCCAGCACCGCCAACACCAUUAAGUCCAUCCAGCAAUGCUGCAUCAGGCAUCUUCAGACAAAGAAACCCGUGGCAAGCAAAGUUUGAGGAGAGACGAGAAGUCCAGCCUAAUUUAAUAACACGAAGUCUAAGUGACUUGAAGCCUCAUAAUUACAGGGAGCAUUUUUAUAGUGCAUUGUGGUUUGAAGAGGAUGAACAUAUCAAGAAGCUAUCGACUAAGUGUGAUGGUGCAGGUAAGCUUACAAUAUAUCAUCACGAGAAAGUUCCCUCUUUUUUUGAUCAAAGUGAUGAUUAUUAUUAUGGCUAUAUUUCUGGCUUAUCCGAUGAUAAGAUUGAAUAUGCUACUCAAGCAAGUGACGAUGUCACAAUAUUAAAGCCAGAUGGUUCUGAUAUAUGUGUAGCAUUCAAGCAUAACUACAACUUCGAUCACCUCGAAAAUCGCAUGUAUAUAGUUGCUCCUGAUUCUCCUGAAUUGCUUGAAGCAAUGAAGUAUGGUACAGCAGUUGAAGGAGGGAAUGAGAUUAGUAUCUCUGCUCAGUUUACAGUAAAGUAUUUCUAUUUUAAUCAACUUCACAAUGCUGUUAUCAAGGCUCCUGAGCAUGUUCUUCCUUGUUUGUUGCCUGAAGUUUUUUCUUUUGGUCAGCUGUUCCUUACGUUUGAUCCUCGACAUUCUGAUUUUCGUUGUAUAAAACUAGAUGAUAAGCUUCAGUUAAAAGCUCUACAGAUGAUUGUGUCUGAGUCUUCAUCUAUGUGCAAACCUCAUCCUCCUGUCAUUCUUUAUGGUCCAUAUGGCACUGGUAAGACUCGAAUCCUCGCUCGUGCUGCCUUUGAAGUGAUGAUGAAUGGUGUCAAUAAGAAUAAAUGUACCAGAAUAUUGAUUUCUGCUCACCACGAAAUAUCAAUAACAACCUUCAUUUUCGCUUACUUUGGUGUGAUUGGAAGAAAAUAUCACCUUCCUUUUGAAGUCAUUCUAAUUUCUAGACAAGAAAAUAAAGGAGUUUAUGCUGACAUGUACAUGACAACAGAUGAAUUUUCCAAGAAAAGUGCUUAUAUAUGCACAAUGCCUCAUGUCAUCAUAAUCACUACAUACACCAUGUCCCUGAAACUCCACCAAUAUCUCUACUCUCCUGAAGGAUUCUUCACACACCUUUUUCUUGAUGAAGCAGCUCAGGUUCGUGAGCCUGAAGCUAUCAUACCACUUGCUCUAGCCACCAGAGAUGCUAAAAUAGUUUUGGCAGGCGACCAUCGGCAGGUUGGCCCUAAUAUAUUGGUACUGGGAGAAGAAGCCAAAAAGUUUGGGCUCAAUAUUUCCUUACUGGAGCGUUUGUUGAAAAGAUAUGAAGACAUUGGUUCGGUGGCAACACGUUAUGUCACUAAAUUGUCAGUAAAUUAUCGAUCACAUAAUUCAUUGAUAGAUUUGCCAAACCUAUUUUAUGAGAAUUUGGAGAUAAAUCCUGACAAGAGCCUUCAGAAAUGCAGUAGCCCUACUGGCUACAGUUUUGUGUCUGCUGACUCAAGACUGAUUGAGCAAUUUGAUGAUCCAGAUCAGCAAUGGGUUGAGGCAUGCAUUGUCUUGGAAGAGGUUCGAAGUUACUUGGAAAGAAUGAAGCAUAUCAAUCCCAACUUUAAUCCUCGACAUGGUGUUUGUAUUAUCACAUCAACAAGGAAGCAGUUAAAUCACAUCAAAACAAUGGCUUUUAGAUACAAAGAAUAUGAGAUAGUGAAAAAAGUUAGCUUUAGGCCUUCUUUUAUGAUACAAGGUUAUGAGUUUCAAGCUAUUUUUUUAAGCUUGUUUGAGCUAGUAGGAGAUGAUGAAAUGAAUGCCUCCUAUGUUAAGAGCCUCUUCAAUCCUUAUGUCUUUAAUACUGUCAUAACAAGGGCCAAGUUUCAUGUGGUUGCAAUUGGAAGUCCAGAAGAAGUUAAGCAGUUUGAGCUUGACACACUCUCUCAUCCUGACCGUGGUGGCAAUGCUACAAAAUGCUGGCAUAAAUAUUUGAAAUUAUGUACUGAAUUAGGAACAUUUUACCAUCAUAUAGAUCUAUCUAUGUUUAAAAGAAAAAAAACUGAAGUCUCUGAUCCUAAUAUGGAGAAGGUCAAAUAGUGAUGGUGGCUUUUAACCAAGAAUGAUUGUUAGGAAUAAUUAUUUUUAGUGGCACAUUAUGUAUCACUUUAAAAUAUAAUUAAUUUUUUGACUAAUGUAUACCGGUAUCUAACAUUAAUCACAGCCACACCUUCCCUCAAGCAUAGAUGCUAUACAAGCCUCAAGCAUGGAGGCAGCUAAAGAUUUAUCGAAAAGAGCUGUGGAACUUGAUAAAUCAGAAAAAUAUUCAGAAG